AUGGCACCGGCAACAGUCAGAAGGGCUCCUUAUAAGGACUUUCUGCAGCCUGCGCUGCAAAGGCGAUUUUCUUCCACCGCGACCAUUCUUCUAGGUCUAUCUUAUGUCCAAGCCGUCUUGCUUUCCGGCUGGAGCUCCUACUUUUGGUCUUGGUUCCCCAUUGGCCCCGCGGGCUUCCGAACAUUAUUCCUAUUCACCUGCGGCCUAUCGAUCCUGAUCCUGCGCAUUGCGCAGUACCACGUCGGCGUUCGCGCUUCCAACUCAACAUUCCACGCGUUCACGAAGUUCUUCUUCAGCAUCCACACCCUCGAGGCAUUCCUCUUCUACAGCUUUUCGAGCGCCCUUUUUAGCCAUGUCUACCUGUGGGCCAUGCCAGAGAGCGCAAACUUGGGAUGGGUCACAUAUUACAGUGGUGGCGAACGCGCCAGAGUGAACGAGAGGACACUGUGCUUCUUUUGCUACAUGGCUAUCAGCGCCGUUGUCCAAGCGAUCUUCCACUUCUACCACGAUAACGACAAGCUCAUCAUCGAUGUGUCGAGGCCCGAAGGAGAUGGUGUCAAGGUUUCUGGAGAUGCUUCGCUGAGUAAGGUCUUGGGCGAAGUGCCUGCGAUCCUCAUCCAGUCCAGUGUUCGAUGCCUUAGCGUUGCUCCUAUUGCUGGCGUUGUCCACAUGAUGUUCUUGCGAUCCUUCAUUUGGGGAUGGGCAUUGUUUUUCUUGCGACCUUUCUACAGCAUCCCCAAAACCAACAUGCUGCCACCUACCCAGCCUUGGGACUUGCCCUUGCUUUUCCGUUGCGCUGUGGCUGGCUUCUUGAUCAAUGUUGUCUGGAAGACGGCGAAUCAUGCGUUCUCGACAUUCAUGGUCAAACCCCCGCUGAAAAAUGGCAAACCUCUCACCAGCGAAUCCAAGGAUCCGAACGGUAGUCUUCUCAACGGACUCAAGAGCAAGAAAGACCAAGUUCGGUGUUUUGCCCUCUGGGAACUGGCAUAUAUCGCACGCAAUGACGAAGGCAGACGCAAGGCCAUAUUCCAGGACAUUGAUCGUAAAGAUGGUUCCACGUGGUCCCAGAUCUACGUACACUGCCUCACUGUCAUCAAAAGCAUUGAGACUAGAAUUGAUGAGUAUGGGAAGCCUGCAGCUGUGCCGGCCGUCCCUGUCCAACCCGAAGAAGUGCGGGCUCGCUCGUCAGCUCCUUUGAAGGAAGACCCGAUCUUCCAGAGCAAACCCGCAAACAGGACAAUGCGUGGUGAGGUGGAAAAGGCACUCACCCAGGUCGGACGCCAUCCCGGUAACUCGCCAGUAUCGCAGCUUAGUCCCAUCGCAAAGAAGACGCUCCGAGGGGCUCGCGACAAGGUUUUGACCAAGGAGCAGCAGGAGGCAUUGUCGUCCCCUCAACUGAGAAACCAGUUCCAGACUUGGGCUCUGAAGGUCAUCAGUAACGAGUACGUCGGUUGGAUAUUUCGUCAACAGUUCAGGAACCGGCUCACCGCUGUCGUCCUCGGAACACCCUACUCGGAGCUGAGCCAAUAUGUCAACGCGGUUGAUGUGCUCAGCCUAUUGGCUGUCCACAGUCUUACAGAGGAUACGUUUGGCAAGGUCCACAAGGACAUCCCCACCAUCAUUAGGACUUUCACCACAGUCAUCAGCAAGAUCGAGGCGUUCAAGGCCAACUUCCCCGUUCAUUGGACCGACGUCGAACAGAACAGAGCCGCGCCGGAGGUAGAUGCGCUGAUUGCAGCCCUGAAGACGGGCUUGGCCCAGGUGAUUGCGGAGUUUGAACCUUACAGCAGCGACUUGAGGUUGACCCGCACGGAUAUGAGACUGGCGAAGGAGGCCGCAGCCCAAGAGGCUCCCUCGAGGGAGGACAAACCUCGACUUCCCGAGAUGCAACACGCACGCUAG